AUGACGAGACACGCGAGAAAUUGUACAGCUGGAGCGGUUUACACCUAUCAUGAAAAGAAAAAAGAUGCUGCUGCAUCAGGUUACGGUACUAAUAGCAACAGAAUUGGCAAAGAUUCAGUAAAGGGUUUUGAUUGUUGCUGUUUAACACUUCAGCCAUGUAGGAAUCCUGUUAUAACGCCAGAUGGAUAUUUAUUUGACAAAGAAGCUAUUUUGGAGUAUAUAUUAUCAAAAAAACGAGAGUACAGUCGGAAACUUAAAGAGUACGAGGCCCAGAAGCGGAAAGAAGAAGAUAAUGUUAAAGAAGAAACAGUUAAUGAAGAGUUGAAAAAAUUUGAAAGUUUUUUGAAAUGCGAAAAAAUUAUUGUAGCUUCUGGAAGUCAAAAUAAUUCAGAAUCGUCGGUUUCCAACAUGGCCAAUGGAAGAGACAAAAUGUUGCCCAGUUUUUGGAUCCCUUCUAAGACUCCCGAAGCCAAAGCCGCUGCUUUGAAGAAGCCGGAUAAAAAUAUUUACUGUCCUGUCAGUGGAAAUGUUCUCAAGCUGAACAAUCUUAUUCCUAUUAAGUUUACAGAAGUUAAAGAUCCAGACGAUAAAAAAGCUUUGAUUGUUAAAGAAGCUAGGUACAUGUGUCCGAUAACUCAUGAUAUUCUGGGUAACAGCGUUCCUUGUGCAGUUAUUAAGACAACCGGAGAUGUCGUGACUAUGGAAUGCGUGGAAAAACUCAUUAAAAAAGACUGGAUUAAUCCUCUAGAUAAUUCAAAAAUAUCUGAGUCAGAUAUUAUUCCUCUUCAAAGGGGUGGAACAGGAUACGCAGCAGUCAAUGACAAUCUAGAAGGGAAACACGAACGACCAGUCUUACAAGCGUGA